GGGGCCGGUCCCAGCCCCCACGGUAGACCCCAGCCUGAGGCGGCGGUCCCAUUCGGCCAGGAAACCUCCUGGAUGUGCGGGUAGCGCAUAUUAAUGCAUCCAGCGGAAGGAUGAAGGAGACCCAACUUCAAAGUUAAAGCACUGGUGACCGGAGGGGUGCCUCGGUGGGAAGGUUUGGGGUCUUGGUUACUGAUGGUUAUCAUUCUUAGAAGAUGCUGGUCACCUACCAAGCUAGAAAAGCAUGAGGAGCGCCUGACCAAAGUGCUUUUGCCCUUCUUCGCGCAAGAGGUGGUACCCAGGGCUGGAACGCAGGAGUCAGGGCCACCGUCUUCAGCUCUGCAGCCGGCAGCGCGCCCUCGAAGUGGUUCAGGGCGGUGCCCGCGGUGCUCGGGCCGAGUCUCCGGGGUACGGAGGGGCGGGCUGGGCGGCGGCCGGAGCUCCUCCCACUUCUGCCCCGGGCUCCCCUACUCUUAACCCGCGCGUGGGGGCGCCCAGGCCACUAGGCUCCGAGGAGCAAGCGAGAGGUCUGCGCCGAGCCUGAGCGGCGCGCGUCCAGUCCCGAGGCCGACGCCAGCACGCCGGCAUGGCCCCCGCAGCGGCGUCGGGGGGCAGCACCCUGCCCAGUGGCUUUUCGGUCUUCACUACCUUCCCUGACUUGCUCUUCAUCUUUGAGUUUGUCUUUGGGGGCCUGGUGUGGAUCCUGGUUGCCUCCUCCCUAGUGCCCUGGCCCCUGGUCCAGGGCUGGGUGAUGUUCGUGUCUGUGUUCUGCUUCGUGGCCACCACCACCUUGAUUGUCCUGUACAUAAUUGGAGCCCACGGUGGGGAGACUUCCUGGGUCACCUUGGAUGCAGCCUACCACUGCACCGCUGCCCUCUUUUACCUCAGCGCCUCAGUCCUGGAGGCCCUGGCCACCAUCACGAUGCAAGAAGGCUUCACCUUCAGGCACUACCACGAAAACAUCGCUGCCGUGGUGUUCUCCUACGUAGCCACGCUGCUCUACGUGGUCCACGCGGUGUUCUCUUUAAUCAGAUGGAAGUCUUCAUAAAGCCGCAGCAGAACUUGAGCUGAAAACCCAGAUGGUGUUAACUGCUCGCCCCACCUUCCAGCAUAACUUUUUAAAAAACAGAAAUGCCCUUGAUGGUGGAAAAAAGAAAACAACCCCCCGCCCCAAAAAAAAAAAAAAAAAAACCUGCCCUGUUGCUUGCGGGUGCCGUGUGGACUCUCCCGUGUGCCUUCGAGUCCGGGUUGGGAGCUUGCUGUGUCUAACCUCCGACUGCUGCGCUGUCUGCUAGGUCACCUCCUGUUUGUGAAAGGGGACCUUCUUGUUCGGGGGUGGGAAGUGGGGACCAUGACCUAAGAAGGAAACAAAGAUCCCCUGCUGACCCCUGGACCAGCUCUUGAGAAGGGCCAUCUGGAAUUUUCCACAGGCUCUCCUGAGCGCCCCAUCUUGUGGCAUGUUUUAAGUCUUCAUGGAUGUCUGCGUGUCAUGGGGACUAAAACUCACUCAACAGAUCUUUCCAAAUAUCCAUGGUGGAAGAUGAUAACCCUUUGAAAUACUUUAUAAAGUGUCUUUAUGUUCAAUA